CAUGGCAUAAAUUUGGAAACUUAUCCAAACCUAAAUGGUUGACGCUUGUGCUUGGACGUCAGAAAGAGGGCUGGUUCCUCGAGACCAGGUCGAAGUGCUGUUGUCGCUGCUUCUGAAGGCCGAGAAGCGGACAUGGAUCGCAAAUAUUUCCCCCGUCAACUCGUCAGAACAUGACGACCGUGAACCCGCUCCAGGGGAAGGCCAAAGUCGGGAUUGUUACUCUGUUGAUACUGGAUCGCUGCUACUUAGGCAUGGAUGUUCCAUCAAGGGAAUUCAUAGGGAAUUCUAUGCUCUUGAUCCAAGGCACUACUGUGUUAAAGUCACAGCUGAGAUUACAAAUCCAGACUGUUCGUCCUCUCAGAUGCAAGUGGUUUCAGGUGAUGGUAUAAACAGGUCUGGGCAAGGAAUAAGUUCAAGUCUUUCAAGUACUUCUUCUCAAGAUUCAACCAUUGUACGCUUGACUAUAAGGACUCCCCUGUUUGAAUUGUAUAAAAAUGCUGUCCUGUGUGCUCAAUAUCCGGUCCUUGGUGCCUCCCAAGCUGCUGCUUCUCCGUAUUCACCAGCAUCAUCACCAUUUGAACCUCCAUUGGGAAGCAAAAGACGUGGUGAGUCAUCAGUAUCUGACAAUGGGCAUGUCUCACCUGAAGUUUGCAUCUCAACCUUAUCAGAGGAAUUGCAGGAGUUAGUUCAGAAUGUCUUUGGACUUGGAAAGCGUCAGCACAAAUUUUACUGUGAGACUGAGAUACCAAAGCAAGUUCCUCGUUCCAAGGAGGGUCCGAAGUUUCUUGUAGAGGAGUUGCUGAGUCAGCAGCUUGUUUUAGAGCAUAACCACCACCCAUUUUACAGAGUUCAGGCUUUCAUGGACAGCAAUGUUUAUGAUGAUUGGUUGAUAGAUGUCAAAAGAAGGAUAGAUAGCUUAAUCAAGGGCAUCUGGCAGUACUCGCUUCCUCCUGUACCUGAGUUGCCCUUGGAAACUCCAAAAUACCAUGAACAGUAUGUGGAGCUGAUGAAGAGACUUAUCAGGUAUGAAAGCAAGCAAAAGGAGCUACAUCCAGUUUAUCAUGAAGCAGUUCCGAUUGAACCUUUAUCCUCCCCAUCUUGCCAACUGUUGAAAGAAUUUUCCCUGAGAUAUGGAGUAGGAAUUCUUUUCUGCAAGCUAUCAUAUCUGGAAUACAUUGUAAAGUUUUUUGAAAACAACAUCUGGUAUAUUGAGCACACUAAAACAUCUCUACGAGAUGCGAUGAAUCUUAUUUCUAGCGGCUGUCAGGAAAUUUUUGUAGAGGAAGAGUUCAAAAUGCUACUGAAUAUUUUGUCCAUUCUGCUAAAUAAGACCAAGUAUUUCUUGAGUAAACUAAGGAGGAUUUUUCCAGCUGACAACAAUCCUAACGAAGGUGUUACAGCAUUGGUCACUCUGUUUGAACUGACCCUGGAAUCUGCAAGAGAACUAGAAUCUGAAUUUCCAUCAGUUUUUAAUAGACUUCCACAGGCUCGACAAUUCUCCAGCAACUUGUCGAAAGCUCCGGUUUGCGAUCUUCUGGCUUCCUUUGUCGAGAAUGAGAUCGAGGGUCGAUAUGAAGGUCUCAAAGUAAAAGCCACCACAGCUUUGGGUCAGAACUUCUCAAUGUCAAAGCUUUUGCUUAAAGCUAUCCUGGAAAUUCAUCAUGAAGUCAGUUAUUACAACUCACAAUACAAACAGGCUUUCUCCAGGUAUUUUGAUAUCAUGAAACUUUCUGCUUGUAAGUUUUAUUCCCUACUGAUGUCAGAUGUGGAAGAACUGUGUCAAAAUCAACCUCGAAACCAACGACCUGAUAAUGUGGAUUGUUUCAUGUUGUGUUUGGCAUUCCGCUUAUCCAAACUCGAUAGAGAAUGGGCUGAGUACAUUCCUCACCGGAGUCAAAGAUGGCGUCAGCCUUUUCUGGGAUUUGCACUACAGUGGCUGGAUGCUACCGGUCAUUUGCUCCAAGCGCUUGUUCCUCAGCUUAUUAACCAUGACUUAUGGGAGCCAGUGGCAGUAAUUAUCCAUCGAUCACAUGAACAGAAGCGCAAUGUAAAGACACAUCCUACUUCUCGCCUACGGUCUGGUUCUGUUCCGUCCUUGACACCGUCUAGUCCUUCUGCUUUCAAAACUGUGGCACCUUCAGCUGGAUCUCCUGCUAAGUCUUCUGCCGCGAAAGGAAAAGCCAAGAGUGCUAAAGGGAAAGAGCCCCUUCCGUCAGGAGAGAAGAAUCGAAAACGCACCCUGCGUGUGGAAUAUGACAGCAGCUCUGAAGAAGAUGGAAAGACAGUGAAGGUACAAGCCCAAGUGAAUUUCCCGCGGACAAAAGUUGCUUCCAGUGUGGAGAAGAAAAUAUUAGAACCCCAAAAUGGUCAAGCAGAGGCUACCAGCAGAGAGAUACCACCGGCAAUGAAUGAUCCAGCGACACAGCCGCUAUCAGGUCCGGAGGAAACCAAGAGGUCUGGAGAAGGAAAUGAACAGACAAGUAGUACGCAGGAUGAGGAUCGACCAGCACAGUCCUUUGAAAAAGAAGAAAGUUCUGUGCCAAUCAAUACUCAAGAACACCAAGAAAACACCAUUGAAGUACACAGUCCAAAGAAUGGAACAGAACCUAUGGGUCUACAAUCGAGUGGCUCCCCAGCUGAUCAGUCAGAUUUGACGGACAGUCACACCAACCUCUCGAGGAACCAAGUCACUCCCUUUGAGAAUGACUCUACCUAUGAAUCAGACAGCGAAAACUCAAUUCACACGUCUGAUUCGUUUGACUUCAUUGAGGAUAGAGGGAAGGCAAAGGUUCCCAAAAAGAGUCAAACAAAAACUUUUCAACCGAUUGAAGACGCUAUUAAAAGUGGGACAGGACGAAGGGGCUUUAGUUCGAGUAAAGAUUGCCAAACCUGCCCUGCGAGACACAGCUGUUUUGGUUCAGAAAACGAUGAGAGAAGUUUAGGUGUACGCAAAUCUGAUCCAGACAAAAAUAAGCGAAGUGCACAUAUUCCAAUGCCACGAAACAAACGCAUUGAUAAGCUACGUCCAUUACGUGCUUCCUAUCACUCGGAAUGUGGCAGUUUUCAAAGUGCCCAUGGGUCAGUCUUCUCCGAGAGUACUGAAGGCAGCUAUCGCACUCCUCGUUCCAGUCCCACCCCUUCACAACAAGGCCAGUCAGCAACCCAAAAUGAAGGCGAUCAUCACUCAGACAGGAUUACUUCUCGAGACGACACACCCAGGUGGUUGGCAAUUUCGAGCUCGUUUGUGGAUGUGAUUGGCGCCGUAAACCGUUUGGCCGCAUUUGCGUGUCACCUUUGCGAGAUCCUCUGCCCAGACGAGGCUCCUCAGAGAAGUGAGCAAGCCGCGGCAACAGCUGCUGCGUGUUCCACGGCAGGAGAUGAGGAUUUGGGGCACGAAUCAUUGGAGAUUAAAAGGAGCCUCUACCACAGACUAGUCCAGGUGAUGUUGUCGUUUGUAAAGCUGUACUCGGACAAUGUCUUCGCUAUGGACACGUGUGGCUUAACAGAUGAAAUUCUGACUGACUUAUUGGGAGAACGAGUUCAGAGGCGUCUCAGAACACAGAGGGAUGAAGGGAAAUUACAUGGAUGCCGUCACAAUCCUUUAGCCAGCCAAAGCUGUAACACAACAGAUUUGCAGGGUGCGCGCAUACCACCAUGCGAGGGAAUGUCCAGGAUGGAGGUGAAUCUUGGUGGCUUCGAACCACUCACAAGACAGAUGGGCAUCAGACUGACCAAUGUGGCGAUCUUGAGAAGCACUCUUCCAUGGUUGUUAGAGCACGUAACUUCCGCUAUCACCAAUCCCGAUUUGAUGGAGUAUGACUCGUGUCUUUCCUAUUGUGAGACUGGGCCCAGCCUGGAUGGAAUUUCCAUAGGCAGUACAGCUGAAGGAAGAAUUGAUGCUCCACGAGCAACGACAGAUGCACUCUAUCACCCAGGGGUACUGACGAAUUCUGUUGAGCACUUUUGCAGGCUCGAGAUUUCUCAAGUGAAGCUUAUUUCUUACAGGAUCAACAUACUCUUCAAACAGCUUCUAAGAACUGUACUUGAUCUUCAUCUUCCAAGAUACGACACGAAAAAACGUCUGAUACCAGCUAUGAAAUAUCUGUCCCGUGAAUUGCAGAAAUUUCACGAUGUGCUGUACCCGGAAGACUUUAACAAAAUCCUCUUAAACCUAUGGGAUCACGUAGUGCGGAAUUUCGAAGAAGAAUGUCGUCGUUUGGUGAGAAGAAAGUCUUGUGCAUCAAAACAAAGCCAUCUUUUGCAGCAGGCUGUGUCGUAUCUGAUGCAGUUUUUCUAUGAUGGAGGGGAUGGAAUUGCGUUCGAUGACUUUGCCACACCAAUGGAUUCUGUCGUAAAGCACUUACAGUUGUACACCACCUCAACAGAUAGACUCAUUUCCAUGUACCGCUCCUUUAACAGACAGGUUCUAAACAUGCGACAACAAAAUCGGAAUGAAGAACUGACGUCGUCAAUGAGCACUAGCUCACGUCUGGCUGAUGCGAAUGCUCUUGCGGAUAGCUUCAUUCAAGCCAUGCGCAAAGAUCUGCACACUUCUCGCAAGUGCUUUUCGGGCGCAGUGUUAGUUGAAUGGGUGGUUAACUAUGUUGGUAACCAUGGUUACGACGAACUGGGACUUUGCAUUGGGGACACGGAGACUCAAACAGGACUUGACUUAGGCCAGUACCUUCUUAGGCACAGGGUUAUGAUCUGUGUUUGUCCGCCACCCCAUCUCAAUCGACAGCCGUCAACUGAGAGAACAAGAGAACAACAAAACUUCGAGGAGAACGCACCGUCCGAGCGUGGAAAAGUGUUAUUGGACGAUAAUUACCUUCCACAUAUUAAGCUAUUUCGUUUGGGUUUUGUAGGUUCUCCAACAUCGCUGUCCUCCUCUCGAUCGAGGACGACAUCCUCUGAGGAAGGCGCUGAUGAUGGAUACGAGAAUGACGAUGAAGAUUCUGUGGGCUCUGCAAGGGAUAUCAUGGAUCGCUCUUACAGCGCGCAGUCUGAAAACGACUCUCCGAAAUUUCAUAAUCACCCUAAAGCGCUGUACAAAUUUAUUUCCGAAGAGGACAGCUCUAGAACGGAGGUGAAGUUUACUCUGGGGUUUACAGAUCGCUUGAAACUGCCCAAUGAAUUGAAACACAUCCUUCGCGUUUUGUACACUAGGAAAAAUUCGGAUAAAACAGCGCGAUCGUUUUUGAGAGAGCUUCCCCCAGGAUAUAUGGAGGAAGCGUUGGGAUCUGAUCUUCUGGUUUUCUGGUCUUCUGGUAGCCCCAUAUCCGCGUUUUGUUAAACUUCGUGGUCAAACGUGAUAAAUAAUGCAAGUGAAGUGGAGGCCACUGUAAGAAGGAACAGACAGAAAUAGAACUUUCUGAUGGCUGAAGCUUUUAGCUUGCGGAGAUUUGCAGAAUUGCCAUUUGAUUCUUGUAAAAGAUAUUUUCUUGAUUACGUUUCUUUCCGGUUUCUCAAUUCUUUGGUUGAAAGAGGAAUUUGUUCUUUAGUUGAACUUUGAUAAUUAUCGGUUUUUACUUGUUUCCAAGCAAAAUUUUAUCUCAAUUUUAAUUUUAGUUUAGCUUGCAUUUUUCAUCAUUUGAUUGUGGAACGGAAAGCGAGAUUACUGACAGGUAUCAUUGAAGAAACCCUUUAAUUUUUAAAAUUCUAAACGCUUGACUUGUUGGUAAACCUGUUCAACAGGGUUUUAUUCUUGUACAUACUCUUUACUCCUCUUUGUAAAUAAUUUAAAUCGUAAAAACGAUAAUUCUUUGAUUUUAUUAAAUAAAUGGCGUGAACAGCCCAUUGUGGAAAAAGCAACUACCACAACAAAAA